AUGGUGCAAUUGGUGUGAGUGGCGCCAACAUUCAACAAACGAAGUAUUUUACUCCUACUUAUUGAUUCACCAGUAGAAAAACAACGAAAUUCAUCAACCUAACUUCACCAAAAGCCGCAAAACGACAUGUCUGCCCAAAAACAUUAAGAUUUUCGCAAUUUUUCACAAUUAAAAUUUUCACUGAAUUUUGGCCAAAAUUCGACCAAUUUUUUGACCAAUUUCUGACCAUAUUUUGGCCAAUAAAUAUUUUUGAUCAAUUUUUGGCCAAAAUUCGACCAAUUUUCGUUUUUGGCCAAAAAUUGGUCAAUUUUUGGUCAACCUCCCAGGACCAGUGGGCUUGGCGCAAAUAAAUUGAAAACCGUCACAAAUUACAUUGAAGCCGCAAAAUUGGCAGUGAAUGUGAGAGAAAACGAGCAGAAAACCGCUUUUCAAAAACUCAACAAUGAAAGUGAAAAAGUGUUUCCAACAUUCUUGGAAAAUUUAUCAACAUCUGAAGCAGCUGAUGUUUUGAGAUUUUUGAUUCAAUUAAAUCCGCAAUCCGAUCUUAUUGAUGAAGUUCAGCGAAUUUUGAAUGAAGCUAAAGAUUUUGAUUGUGUCGAUUUCAAUACUUUGCUCAAAAUACUACGAUAUUCGAAUAAUGUAUAUCUCGAUCAAAAUAUUUUGAGAAAAGUCAGAAAUUCGGUUUUAACCAGAGCUCAAAAGUAAGUUUUCUUGUUAUUUUGAUAUUUUUAUCUAUUCAAAUAAUUUUCAGUGAACUCGAUAAACCUCAAGAUUUGAUAUCUUUAGUUCAUUAUGAUACAAAAUCUGCGUGGCUCCAAAAUGCAAAUUUCGUGAAAACCGCCGAAAAACUUGUGGAUGUUAUGGGUCCCGGAGAGAAGAUCGCAUUUUUGAAGAUAAUGGGCGAGAAAAAUCAGAGAAAUGUUCUAUUGAUUCGAAAAAUUUCUGCAGCAGUUUCCAGGUAAAUACAGGCAGGAACUUUUGAAUGAAAAUUUUCAACUAUUUUUUCAGAUCUUCUCAAUGCUUGACAAUCGCUCAAAUUCAAAAUAUAGUUCAAUCUCUAGUUGGUUUGUCCUAUUUUUCGCCACCAAUUAUGAAGAAAAUCAACGAAGAUUUACCGAAACAUUCAAAUGUUUUACAAAAAUGGAAUGAUGUUGUCAGUAUUUCGGAUUCACUUUUGAGAUUGCGAAUGGGAAAUGAGAAAACGUGGAGUUUUUUGAGUCGAUGGGCAACACAAAAUGCAAAAGAAGCGAGUGUUGAUCAAUUGACACGAUUUGUCUCAAUAUUGAGUAAAAUUGGAGUUCCGAUCGAGGUUGGCAAACCGCUGGCCGAAGUUUUGAAACCACUUUUGAAUCGCGAAAAAUUGCGUCAUCCAGUUGCAUGGCUAAAUAUUAUUCAUUCUUUGGCUUAUUUCCAACAACUUGAUGCAAAUUUGGCUGAUUCGGUUCUUAAUAAAGAUUUCGUGGAGAAUCUUUUGACAUCCUCGUUGUAAGUUUCUUUGGGAUUUGGUUCAGAAUUAGGAUUUUUCAUCAAAGUUUUUUUCAGAGAGAAGCACGAUAGACUUCGAAAAGCCUUGAUUCUUCUUUCCAUCAAUGGAUGUGCUGUGAAUGAAUUGGAAAAUUAUAAUGGACCAACAAUUUCGAAAUCAUCAUUGGAAAAAUAUGGAAUAUUGUUCAAUUCAGAUUCAGUGAGUUCUGAUUAUCUCACCCUCAAAUAUGUUCCAUUUUUCUUCAGAUCCGUGAGGCUCGACAAUUGAAAUACACAAAGAAUACAAAAGAAUGCGAUGAAUUCUUGGCGAAACUCUUCCAAAUUGCGCCAAGAGAUAAAUAUUGUAAACAUUCGGAUAUCGAAGAAUUUGGAACUUUUGUCGAUGCUUAUGUUAUGCCAGAAAAAGAAACGGGAAGAGUUGUUGCUGUCGAAAAAUGGAACACAAAUCCUCGACCGAUUUUCUUUUAUGGAUGGCAGCAAGUUAAACAGGUGAAUUUGUUUAUUUUGAAAUGCAGAAAAUUUUGAAAAAAAUCAAAGGUUUCUUGUUUUCUUCGAAACUAAAAAAACUAAUCAAUGAACUUUGAAAAUAUGAAAAAUUCCCUGAAAAGUUACCUCUUCUCAUUUUUAAAUGUUUUUUCUCAAAUAUAAAAUUCCAUUUUUCAUUCUAAACCUUUGUUAUUUUUCAAUUUCCUAUUUAUUUCCCAAACAAAUUAUAUUUUUCCAGGAUGUCGAAAAUCCCGAAAAUGUUCUGAUGGGUUCUGCUCAAUUGGAUUUGCGAUUAGCCAAAAAACGAGGUUUUUCACCAAUUGUUGUUUUCAAAACUGAUUUCGAUUAUUGUGCGACGGAUAUAGACAAACUCAAUAUGUUACGUAAUAAAAUACAUGGAUAA